AUGACAGACAAGAAAAUAGAGGGUUUGGAGGCAACGGUAGCGCAAUUAGAAGAAAUUAUUAAUAACGAGAAACGCUCAAGAAACACUAACAAAAUGAAGGAACAAAUAAUAAAUAUGAUUAGAUCAAAUAAUACCUCAAACAGCACCGACUAUAAAAUAGAGACACACAAUUAUUAUCUGAUAUCGUCAAUAGUUUGGCAAGCAGAAACCAAACGAUCUACCAUUAGGAGCAUCCAAGUGGACAAUAAAACAAUUGAAGCACAGAUUUGGGAUAAAGGUUCCUAUUCAUUAUUCAAGAUUGUCUAUUAUGGUGCAGUAGGCGCUUUACUCGUUUAUGAUAUUACUAAACAUGUGACAUAUGAAAGUGUUAAUCGUUGGCUAGGAGAAAUAAGGGAUUAUGCUGCUAGCGAUAUUGUAAUCAUGCUUGUUGGAAAUAAAACUGAUUUAAAAAACCUUAGAGCUGUUUCAACUCAAGAAGCUAAGCAAUUUGCUGAUGAAAACAAUUUAUUAUUCAUUGAAACAUCAGCUUUGGAUACUAGCAAUGUAGAGCUUGUUUUUCAGAAUCUUUUAACAGCCUUGAAAAACAAUAAUAGUGAUAUUGCAAAAAAGGAAAAAGAAAAGAAUGAAUUUUCUGAAUGGAUUGAUGAGGCGAUAUCUAAAAAUCAUAUGAAGCUUCAUAAGUACGAAUUGUUUAGUGACAUUGGGAAAAUUGGUAGUGGUUCCUUUGGAAUUGUCUAUCGUGCAUACAAUAGUCAAUAUGCAAAAUAUAUGGUUUUAAAAUCAAUUCAAGUCAGAGAUAAUGUUACUUCUAAGAAAAUAUUUGGGCAAAUUAUAAAUGAGAGAAAGCAUAGUCCCGGAACACCCAAAUCUUAUGUUGACAUCUAUACGGCAUGUUGGCAAGCUAAUCCUAUCGAACGUCCAGAGAUGUCACAAGUUAUAGUCCUUUUAGAUGAAGUUGAUAUCAAUGAUCCAUCUCGAGUUAUUUAUGAUGUUCCAAAUUCUAUUGACAUAAUAACAAACAUGGAUAAUCUAUUAACUGCAAAAGUUUCCAAGACUGAUUCAAAACUACCCACUUUUGAAAUUACUAGUGGGAUGGAAAGACUUCAUGAAUCAUUUUAUAAAGGAACUGGCCAUCAAUAUCCAGAUUUAACAGAAAAUUUAUCAGCAGCUACAUGUAAUGUUAGUGACAUUGUGCUAGACAGUGAUCGGUUUGGUUGUGAUGCAUUUCACAUUAUAUUUGUGCUUGAUAGAUCAGGUUCAAUGAGAGGCACUGAUAGAAAGCCAUUAGAAAACAUUCAUUCAAACAUCAGUCAAAAAAUCGCACAGUCACAAUAA